ACCACCACAGCAUAUGCUCCUCAAAACCAAACUGGAGAGAGAGAGAGAAGGGAGAGAGAGAGAGAGAGUUUUAAUCCCCAUUCUUAUUAUUGAUUCCAGUUGGAUUUGCAGUGAAACCAACUGGAUUGGGUUUCAUCCAUCUCAUUUUUGACAGUGGAAGAUGAUUACGAGAUUUUCUUGAAAAAAAGCUGUGAUCUUGAUGCUUCUCUUUCUCUUUCUUUGGUGGUGUAUGCUACAGAAAGCAGGGCUGUGAGGAAGGGUCUCUGAAAAUAGAAAAGAAAAUGGAUUUCUUUUUCUUCUGUUGUAUUAAUGAUUCCUCCACAGCAUACAAAAAUAACAUCUUUUGGUUUGGCGUGCUUGUCCUUCCUUCUUCCUCUUUGCUCUACAAAACGGGUAAGGCUUUGAUGGGAUUUUGUUGUUCCAGUUUGUGAGCAUACUUGGUUGGUUACACGCUUGUGAAUUGACUAAUCAGGUUGGUUAAUGGUUAUCCCUAUUUUGUGGUCCACUAUACGCUUAUUAUUUAGUCUGAGAGAGAGAGAGGGGCUUCAAAUUUUUGUAUUAAAAAUUUGUGUUUUUUGGUUGGUGUAAUGAAAUUGGUGUGCGGAAGAAUUGACUGACUGAAUUUGAGGGGUCAAUUAAUAUCAUAUUGACUUUUGAUGAGCUUCUCUGCUGUGAAUGAGUUUGGUCUCAAGUUCUCAAGGCUAUAUCUGAAUAUGUGUAAUUGGGUUUUGGUGAAGAUGUCUAUGAACUGUAAAGUCCAUGGGAUGAAGGGAGGCUUCUCUUCCAAAUUCAGGCUCAAGAAGGCAAGAGAAUCCCAGCAUGGACCAAGUCGAUGGAGGAGGCAAUUAUUGUUUCUUUGGCUCUUUUUUGUUGCCAUUGGAUUCAUUUGGUUGUUGAUUAGUUCCUCUUAUGGGCGUUUGGGGAGGAAGGUAGAGGCCCCCCCACACUUGGAUGGAGAUACCACCAACUUUUUGCUUCAACAUUUCAAUGUUAGCAGGGACGAAAUUCAUUCGCUGGCUUCCAAUUUUCUUGAUACAGAUCAGAUCUCAUUGUUGAAAUGUAGCGGAAGUCCCAGAUAUGAAUCAAGCGUUCUCAAAUCAGAAAACCAAGUUUAUGAGAAAAAAUGCAAAUUGGGAGAAAAAAUAGAGGCUUAUGGCCAGUGUCCUGUUUCAGAUGAGAACAAUUUUAGGAAUAUUGACUCUGUACUACAAGAGACAUCUACACCAUUUCUUUCACAUUGUGCAUCAUCUUCAAUUUCAUCAGACCAUCAGUUUUGUGAAAAGGAAACAUUGCAAGUGAGAGCACUAGGGGAUCAGUGUAAGGAUAUAGCCUUCUGUUUCACCAAGAUAUUCUGGUGGAUCCUUCUUGGCAUUGCUGUCAGCUGGAAACUGCGGUGGUUACGUGCAGAAUCUGGUAGAAAUGAACAGCAGAAAUUAGUUUCGCAGCAAGAAUUUGCUCAGCAACCUCAGCUACUAGAACACUUGCAACAACAGCAAGCUCAUGUUGCUUCUAGAGUUUCUCGAAAGUUGUGGGAAAAGCUUCUUGUUGCAUUUGUAUUAUCUGGUGUGAUAGCAUCCAUUUGGUUCUUCUGGUACUUGAAUGAAGACAUCAUGUUCUGGAGGAAAGAAACACUGGCAAGCAUGUGUGAUGAACGGGCACGAAUGCUGCAGGAUCAAUUUAACGUCAGCAUGAACCAUGUUCAUGCCUUGGCUAUUCUUGUCUCCACCUUUCACCAUGGAAAGCAACCUUCAGCUAUAGAUCAGAGAACUUUUGAAGAAUACACUGAGAGAACAGCUUUUGAGAGGCCACUCACAAGCGGUGUUGCCUAUGCUCUAAGGGUUCUCCACUCAGAAAGAGAAAAUUUUGAGAGGCAACAUGGAUGGGCAAUUAAGAAAAUGGAAUCUGAGGAUCAAUCUUUGGCUCAAGAAUAUAUGCCUGGGAAUUUGGAUCGUGCUCCUGAUAAAGAUGAAUAUGCACCAGUCAUAUUUUCUCAACAAACUGUCUCCCAUAUUGUUUCAAUUGAUAUGAUGUCUGGAAAGGAUGACCGUGAAAACAUAUUGCGGGCAAGGGCAUCUGGGAAGGGAGUCCUGACAUCACCUUUUAAGUUAUUGAAGUCCAAUAACUUGGGUGUAGUACUUACAUUUGCUGUAUAUAACACUCAUCUUGCUCCCGAUGCUACACCAGAUCAACGUAUUAAUGCUACUGUCGGGUAUAUUGGUGCAUCAUACGAUGUCCCCUCAUUAGUUGAGAAGCUUCUUCACCAACUUGCGAGCAAACACACUAUUGUUGUAAAUGUUUAUGAUACAACAAACACACAUUCUCCAAUUAAAAUGUACGGUGCAGAUGAGACCGAGACAGAAUUAUUGCAUGUUAGCAACCUUGACUUUGGAGACCCUGCUCGGAAGCAUGAGAUGCAUUGCAGGUUCAAGCAAAAACCUCCCCCGCCCUGGAUAGCAAUAGGAGCUUCUAUCGGUGUUCUUGUAAUCACCUUGCUCGUUGGUCAUAUAUUUCACGCUGCAAUAGCUCGGAUUGCCAAAUUUGAGCAUGACUAUCAGAAGAUGAUGAAUCUCAAGCAUCGUGCUGAGGCUGCAGAUAUUGCGAAAUCCCAGUUUCUUGCUACAGUUUCUCACGAAAUCAGGACCCCAAUGAAUGGUGUUUUAGGCAUGCUUCAGAUGCUCAUGGAUACAAAUCUCGAUGCUACACAACGGGACUUUGCGCAGACUGCUCAUGCUAGUGGGAAGGAUUUGAUAUCUUUGAUCAACGAGGUAUUGGAUCAGGCUAAGAUUGACUCAGGACAUCUUGAGUUGGAAGCUGUAUCUUUUGAUCUGCGAGCUGUACUUGAUAAUGUCUUAUCACUUUCAUCGGGAAGAUCUCAUGAAAAAGGGAUUGAGUUGGCUGUUUAUGUCUCUGAUCAGGUCCCAGAAAUGGUUGUUGGAGAUCCCGGAAGGUUUAGGCAAAUAAUCGCGAAUCUUGUUGGAAACUCAAUCAAGUUCACGAAAAACAAAGAGGGACAUGUGUUUGUCACGGUGCAUUUAGCAGAUGAAGUGAGGUGCCCACUUGAUGUGAAGGAUGAAGUCUUGAGACAGAGCUUAUCCCUCGUUCAAGACCAGGCGAACAGAUCUUUCAACACAUUGAGCGGGUUUCCGGUAGUUGACAGAUGGAGAAGUUGGCAAAACUUUAAGAAGCUUAGCGAGGAAGAAAGUGACAAGAUCAAGUUGUUAGUGACCGUUGAAGAUACCGGUGUUGGAAUUUCUCUUGAAGCACAAGGCCGCAUUUUCACGCCUUUUAUGCAGGCCGAUAGUUCAACGUCUCGAACAUAUGGAGGGACGGGAAUAGGAUUGAGCAUCAGCAAGCAUUUGGUGGACCUUAUGGGCGGGGAGAUCGGAUUCUUCAGUGAACCAGGCACGGGCAGUACCUUUUCUUUCACGGCAGCCUUUUCGAGAGACCAAAGAGGUUCGGUAGAAGCAAAGUGGCAACAGUAUGAUACAGGUGUUCUAGACUUUCACGGGCUAAGGGCAUUGGUGAUAGAUGGCAAAAGAAUUCGAGCCGAAGUCACCAGAUACCACCUUCAAAGGCUGGGAUUAAACGUGAAGAUAACUUCCACGGUAGAUCAUGCAUGUUCAUAUCUAUCUACUUGUUCAAAGACGAGUGAACCCGAGCAUUUGGUCAUCAUGAUUUUCAUAGAUAAAGACAACUGGGAUACCGAGAAUUCUUUUGCACUCCGUAACAUUGUAAAGGAUCUUAGGCCAUAUGGCUCAACGACUCUCAAUGGAGCCACGCCAAAAUUGUUUCUGUUGGCAACAGAAAUGAGCACGACAGAAUGCAAUCAGCUUAAAUCGGACGGGCUGGUUGAUAACGUAUUAAUAAAACCUAUUCGGUUGAGUGUGUUGGCGUCAUGCUUGCAAGAAGCUACUGGCUUUACGUAUAAGAGGCAAGUGACAAUGCCAAAACCGUCGACUCUUGGAAAUCUGCUGAAAGAAAAACAAAUUUUGGUCGUGGACGAUAAUAUUGUAAAUAGAAGAGUGGCAGAAGGUGCCUUGAAGAAGUAUGGCGCAAUUGUGACCUGUGUUGAUGGCGGGAAGGCUGCUUUGGCGCUUCUUAAGCCGCCUCACAACUUUGACGCUUGCUUUAUGGACCUCCAAAUGCCCGAAAUGGAUGGGUUUGAGGCUACUCGACAAAUCCGCAAGCUAGAGAACGAAUAUAAAGAAACAAUAAAUUCUGGUGAGAUAUUGGCUGACGCUCCUGGCAAACUGGCUCAUUGGCGUUUGCCAAUAUUAGCAAUGACGGCAGAUGUUAUUAGAGCAUCGAAUGAAGAGUGCAUGAGAUGCGGGAUGGAUGAUUAUGUAUCAAAACCAUUCGACGAAGGGCAGCUAUAUUCAGCAUUGGCGCGCUUCUUUGAAUCGGGAUGAUUACAUAUCAAAAGUUCAAAACCAUUCGACAAAGGAGCUAGGCUGUUCAAAUAUCUGACUUUUGACUUUGCUGUGGCUAUCAAGUAUCAACUGCUUCAUAGCAUUGGUCAGACUACACUUGGCCUUUUGUCCCGUGCGGGGAUUGUUAAUGUCGGUGAUGUGCAUGAACUUACUUGAAUGAACUCGUUUCCAGGAACGAAUGCUAACCCCCCCUUUUUGCGAGGAUGCUUCUUGAUUUCUACUCGGGAUGUACUAUAUACCCUCGUAUUUGUUGCUAACAUGCGUAGUGAUCCCGUCCUGUUUGGUUCAGAAACUGCACCGCAAUGGCACCCGGACCAGACAAACCAUUCGGGUCGAGUUCCAUUUGCACGGGUUUGUGUACUUGGAGCAACAUGGCAAUGAACAUUGGUUUAUGGCUCUGUGAACAUGAUUAUCCAUUCUGUAGUGUAGAGCUAAUUGUAACCAUAUCUGUUUAAGCCACGGAAUUUUCUAUUCUGUAAAUGUGAUGUGAGUGAAAGGGAUUCUUGAGCCUCUUUUUCGUGUUGUAAGUAAAUGACAGAGAGAGAUGAAUGUUUGUAUAAGCACAGUUGUGAUCAUUUUUUUGGUUCAGAAUGUGAAUAUAAUUCUUUACAUUCUCUUA